GAAUUAACCCAGUCUGCCAAUUUACACAAGUUCCGCACCUUAAGCCUGUCAGCUUGUCGCCGAACCCACCCGACGAUAUUCAUGGAACCCCCGAUUCAGCUCCGAUAGCUAAGGCGGUGGAAGAAAGCUUAGCCCAAAGCAGGAAAAGCCUAGCGAAAUUGAUCCAGGGCCGGGAACCGCUUAGUUCCGUGGCCACGAGGACUUCAAAAGGGUGACAGCCCUCCUUGGAAACGAUCGGAAAUGCAAGGUCCCUUCUUCCAUCACACCCCCCAUCCCCGUCCACUCACAAAACCACAACCGCAAUGAAGCCCCUCCUCCUCGCCGUCCUCGCCCUAGCCGGCACCGUGUCCGCGUACCCCCGUUUCACCGAGUACGAAGAGUGCGUAACAUUCUGCGACAACGACCCGACCUGCCAGUCGGCCUUCUUCGACACCAUCUCGGGCGACUGCCAGUACCACGCCUGCCUCGACGGACGGACGCCCCCGGACAGGUUCAGGAAAUACGUCAAGGCCGGGGCCGCCGGGUACUGUUCCGGCACCAGCCCCACGGCAACCUCGGCGGGGCCAACGGCGACUUCGACGGAAGUCCCGACGUCGGUGUCCCAGGCGGGUUCUGCUUCAACUGAAAGCUCGGGUGCGUCGGUUGGGUGGGCAGUGUCAAGGGGGGACGUUGUGCCGGCGGUUGCGGUGGCUUGGAUGGUGGUUGGGAUAUUGAGGUGAAGGCGGGAGGCUGAAAUGCGAUCACGAUUAUCGACCUGGUGUUGGGGGAAAGGGCUCUGAUACGAUGGGUUAUGAUAUGCGGACUUUGGCACAGAAAAGGCUAUGUGGUUUCACUGGAAUCGGUCAUGAAAGAGCAAAUAUGGAGAGAAUCAAGCUGUUUUCUUUCCCGGUACCUAAACCCUCAUACGUCAUGCCAACGAGGAACUUCUACGACUAGGAGACCUAGCAUCUCACCCUUGUCUUACCA